AUGUACACUGUAACGGGAGCUAAUUUAUUUGGUCAAUGGUUCUCUUCGUCAGAAGAUGUUAGCGUAUUUGAAAAAUUUGAACCUAUAUCUCUUGACAAUGAACAUAAUUUCGAUUUAAAAAGAGCAAAAUUUAUUACUAGUUGCUGGGCUUAUAAUAUAUUUGAAAUUGAUGACACUUUUUUUAUUGUGGGAGCCUGGAACGGAAAAGAUAAUCAGCUUAUUCGAGCACCGAAACUUGACGAGCAGAAACAUAAUUCCAAACAUUCCAAUUUUCUAAUUGCGGGCAAUGACUACAUUUUGGUUUUUGUAGAGAAAAUAACAAGAUCUGUUUGGUUUUAUGAUUUAGAAUCAGCAGAUUAUAAGAAAGUUAAUUUUAUAGAGGAACCUAUAGAAGAAAAUGCUGUAAAAAAAUUAAGAGCAACUGAUGAUAUUAUAAAAGUGGCAGUCACAAAUAAUACCUUUAUCUAUUUAUCUUCUGAGGGCAAUGUCUAUACAGGACAGUUACCCAGUUACUUAGAUACUACUCACUGUGUAGGAAAAGUAUGUGAUGUUGAAUGUGGUUAUGAACACUAUAUGUUGAUCACUGAUGAAGGCAGAGUAUACACUUGGGGGAAUGGAAGGAGACUACAACUUGGUCAUGGUGACUUAACCAAUAUGGAUGAGCCAACUGAAGUGGAGGCUUUAUCUGGAAUUAGAAUUGUAAAAAUUAAAGCAGGAGGUUGGCAUUCUCUAGCAUUGAGUGAACAUGGUGACUUAUAUGCUUGGGGUUGGAAUGAUACUGGCCAGUUAGGCAUGAAUGUAAAUAAAAAUAAUGAGGAAGAUGUAGCUCAGAAAAAUUAUACUAUACCUACAUUGGUUGAUAUUUAUGAUGAAAAUGGUGUAGAGGUUGAGCUCAAUAUAAAAGAUAUAGCUGGUGGUUCAAGGCAUUCAGCUUUGUUACUUGAAGAUAAUACUGUUUGGACAACUGGAUGUAAUAAAUAUGGACAAUUAGGGUUUUCUCCUCAAGAAUUUGAAAAAUUAGAUUAUUUUAAGAAAUCUUUUUGCAAUCCUAAUAUUAACCGUCUGUUUGCGGGCCCGUGGAAUACAAUUGUAGAAAUAAAACACAUA